UCUUCUCAGAUGCUGUUCUAAAUAGGCCACGGUUCUCUCCAGUUUUCUCAAAGAAUUUGGUUCAUUUUCCUUGCCCACUGCAGGUCAUCUGACCCGUGUGUUCAGAGGUGCCGAUCCUGAGAGCCCAGAACCAAGAGCAGACUCUCCUGUGGCUCCCUCUGCUCCUGGAGAAGAGGCCAAAGAGGAGCAAAAUGAGCAAAAGGAGCACGAGCCUCCAGCUGUGGUCACAGCCCAGCCUGACCAUCCCCAGACAGUCCUUCCAGAGAAAGAGCAGGAGCAGAUUGUUUUAUCAGGGAGGCCGUGCCAGACUGAGGGAGAGCUGUUCCCAGCCCAAGAGCAGGAAGAGCAGCUGGGGCAGCAGGUGGAAGAGCCACUGGAGAAUGGCCAGAACAUCAAGGCAGAGCCCCAAGCAGAGCUGCCCGAAGCUCAGAGGGCCAUCAUGGCAGUGAAGAGGAGGCACGAGGAAGACAGGAGAAACAUCCAGGAGGAGAUGAAUCUCCAUCAGCAGAGAGGCAGUCAACAAAACCAGGUGAGUGAAAGAGUGGCAGACACUCCACUCACAGAAAUUCCUCUCUGUCGUUCUUCACAGGCCUCCGAUGAGGAGCUGCUGGCAGAGCUGCAGGAAACUGAGGCUAGGAUCAGGGCAAGGGAGAAGAAGCUGGAGGAAGAAAGGAAAAUCAUCCAAGAGAAAUUUCAUCUCCUCGUUCAGAAGCAAGAGGCUCUAGAAAAUCGAGUGGACGUGUUGAUAUCUCACCUGGCAGCCUGCGAAGGCUUCCAGCAAAUGCCUGGUGAUGAAGAGCCCCAAGGUCGGCGGGAGGCACAGAUCUACACAGGCUCUUCCAUUGAAUCUGCUGCAGCAGCAGCAGCAGCAGCAGCAGCAGCAGCAUCUAAAGGAGCCUUUGUUCCCCAAGCUGAGCAGUGGAGCCCGGGCAGUUUGUCCAUUUCCAGCAGUGACACAUCUGCUGCUCAGCUACAGGAGAGCCAGGGAGACUUCCUGGAGCAACUGAGGAGAAUGGUGAACAAGGAAAAUCCCGUCACAAAAUACAUUGAACUGGAAAGUCUUGGCAGUGGGGGUUUUGGAGAGGUUUCCAGAGCACUUGACAUUGCCACAGGAGGAGAGGUGGCCAUAAAGAAAAUAAGUGUGCAAGGAGUGAGGAGGAAGAUACUAACCAUGAAUGAAAUCAGGAUCAUGGAGAGUAAUAGGAGUCCCAGGGUCGUGAAUUACUUAGCCAGCUACCUUGUGCAUGAGGAACUCUGGCUGGUGAUGGAGUACAUGGACGGAGGCACUCUGAGAGAUCUCAUCGACGAGGCUCAAAUGUCUGAAGAAGAGAUUGCAGCUGUCAGUCGGGAGUGCCUGCAAGGACUGGAUUUUCUUCACUCCAACCACGUGAUCCAUCGCGAUGUGAAGAGCAACAACAUCCUGCUCAGAACCGACGGCUCUGUCAAGCUGGCUGAUUUUGGCCUUUCUGUUCAGCUCACCCCUGAGAAAAAUCAACGGUGCUCAGUGAUCGGGACUCCUUGGUGGAUGGCACCUGAAGUGGUGAAGCGUCAACCAUAUGGCCCCAAAGUGGAUGUGUGGUCUUUUGGAAUUGUGGCAAUUGAAAUGGCUGAACAAAAAACUCCUUAUGACAGUUUCACUGCUCGAUCGGCUAAAUACCACAUAGCCACAAAAGGGACCCCACAGCUGCGGCAGCCCGACCAAUUCUCGCCUUUGCUGCGUGACUUCCUGAGCUGCUGCCUGCAGAAAGGCGAGGCGCAGCGCUGGUCUGCCAAGGAGCUGCUGCAGCAUCAAUUUAUAACAUCGGCCAUGCCUGGGUCCAGCCUGGCACCACUCAUCAUGGCAGUGAAGAAGUGGAAGGAGGAGAUAUGAAUGCACCAAUCAAUUUCAAACUGUUUUUUCCAUGCUCAACUUAGAGUAGGACUGUAGAGUAGGAUUGCAGAGUAGGA